AUGGUUUUUAAAAAGAUUUUAGGUUAUUUAACCCCAAAGAUGGGUAACAAAAACUAUUAUAAAGGUAGAGGUGUUCGUGGUGUCGGUCACUCCUCAUCAAUUGGUAGAUUCAUUGUCGAUCCAAAGAAAACUUUAAAUAUUUAUGUACCAGAAAAUUAUCAAUUAGAAACCCCAUCAGGUUUAAAACCAUACGUUUCACGUAAUGCUUUCCAAUUAACCAAAGAACAAGUUCAAGAAAAUAGAGAAAAGAAACAUCAAAGAAGAGUCGAUACUUUAAUGAAAACACAAAAGAAUUAA